UGUAAAGUGUUAUAAAAAAUGUUGCGCGUAAAUCAUUAUCCUUCCGACUUAUAUCCUCUGCCUUACCCUCACGAACCACCCAGCGCAGCAGCCAGCACCCGCCGCACUUUGGCGCUCUCUCUCUCUCUCUCUCUCUCUCUCUCUGCUCGUCUCCUCCUUCCCUUCAUUCUGGUAAGUGUAGCCGAAUCUCUCUGUUUCUUUCUCUGUCCUUAUCCCAGUAUAACAGAAUGCUUCUCGUCUCCGGCUCGAAAUGCUCGUGGUCCGGGCGAAUACCAGGCCCAGCGUGGGGGUGCCUACAUAAUCCCCCGCCCUCUUUUUACGCCAGUUUUAUCUCACUCUCCCUCCCAUUUUCUCUCUCCUAUCUAUUUCACGCACGAACGGAAGACCGAAUCGAAGGACAGCAAGAGAAGCGAUGAGCUCUCCUUAACUGGGUUGAAGCAUGGCAUUAUGGAAUUGAGAUACCCGAGUUUUCUGCCAUUUUCAUUGCUCAGAAAUGAAGCUAAACUUCACACGUCGACCGUUUCUGACCUCCAAAAGUGGCAUGAUUGGGCCAAAUGCCUUGCUUCUUCAGUUGGGACAACGUUCCUGGACAGUGACAAUGGCCCUGAUUCCAGCCUGCUGUGCAGGGAGCUUAAGUGGCUCGUGGAAGAUACAAUUGAAGAUCACUCAGUACUUUCGCAAAUGAGUAUUGAAAACGGUAAAAGAAGUGUAAGAUUAAGGGCCGGCGUAGAAGAUCUUUACAAUAUGUGGAAGCAGCGAAUUGAAGAGAGGAAGCCUUUUCAGUACAUAGUUGGGUGUGAGCAUUGGAGGGACUUGGUGUUAAGCGUCCAAGAAGGGGUUUUGAUUCCAAGACCUGAGACUGAACUCAUUGUUGACUUGGUGGCUGAUGUGGUUUCAGAAAAUGAAGAUUUACGAGAAGGGUUGUGGGCAGAUUUGGGUACUGGAAGUGGUGCACUUGCUGUUGGAAUUGGAAGGAUUCUAGGGAGUCGGGGGAUGGUUAUUGCAACAGAUUUAAACCCAAUCGCCCUGUCUGUGGCGGCUUUUAAUUUGCAGAGGUAUGGUUUGCAGGAUAUAAUUGAAUUAAGGCAAGGAUCAUGGUUCGAACCAUUGAAGGAUGUGGAAGGAAACAUUGCAGGUAUUGUAAGUAAUCCACCAUACAUACCAAGUGACAAUAUUUCUGGGCUACAAGCUGAAGUUUGUAGACAUGAACCGAAGCUUGCAUUAGAUGGUGGUCUCACUGGCAUGGAUUAUCUUUUUCAUCUUUGCAACGGGGCUGCUUCAAUGUUAAAACCUGGUGGACUUUUCAUUUUCGAGACAAAUGGUGAGCAGCAGUGCAAGUGUCUGAUAAAGUACUUGGAAAGUGAUCUCAGGGGCAGCUUCUGCAAUGUGGAUAUAGUAUCCGAUUUUGCUGGCAUUCAACGAUUUCUAAUUGGAUUCCGUCAACAGCAAACUUGAUUGGUAACAAUCUUGUAUUGUAUGUUUGCCAUGGAGUAGGUAAAAACAAGAAGGAAAAAAAUAUAUAUGAUAGCUGUACACCUGGUUAGCCACUGAUGAGAGACAAUAAGCCAUCUCACACCUAUGAAAUUUGGAGGCUUAUCGUUGUGAACUUUACAUGACUUCCUUUCUCACU